AGUUUAUGAAGAAGAAAAUAAUUGGCGUAAAAGUUAAAGAUAAAUUAUUAGGCCUAGCAAAGAGAAUUAUAAUAUAUAUGGAAAAAGCCUAGUGUGCUGCCAUUCUUCACGCAAUUCGUGCUCCAUUUUCUCAAAAGGUCGUAACUAUUUCCUUUGCAUUCAAUAAAAGAAAAAUAAGUUAUGUCAAUCCAAAGAUGUGAAUCUGUCAAAUACGACAUGUAAACAAAUAUUUUUAAAGAAUUAUUAAAAAAAUUGAAAAAGUGGAAAGAUACAAAAAAUCCUACCAGGAUUGAGAGCAGCCUCGAUUUCAUGCGUCCAAAUAUUUGUCAGUUAAAAGAUAAAAAGUAGUAUGUGCUACGCCAUAUACAUUCCUAUCAUAUGUGCUGCCGAAACUCUUACGCGGCUUUCGAUAACAGUUCUUUACGCCGCAGAAGAUGUAAUCAGACUUAUUAUACAAGCUGUUAUUAGCUACGUAACUACUAUUGUUCACCUGUUUGCUCUAAUACCAAUGUGUAUAGCAAAAUGUUGUUCCAAAAAAAUUUGCACAUCAUUUAACCACGCAGGAUGGUCUCCCAGAACAACUCCUUCAAGUUGUGGUUGCACUUUUAUCAUAGUUAUGGUCCUUGGUGUGUUUUUCAUAGUUAAUUACACAGAUUGGAUAGAACAUGUUCUUGAAUUGAUCGGUAUACAACUGCCUUGGACAGUUAUUAGAAAAAAUAAAGAAGUUGAUUACAGUGAUUAUUUGGUCAAAAAUAAAAUGAUAGAACAUCGCGAAUAUACGAUAAAUAUAAAUGAAGAUUAUACUACUUUCAUUACAAAUGAGGCUGAGAAGAAAGAUUUGAAUUUACAAGUAAUUGCACAUGGAAAUGAAAAUUAUAUAGUUUUUGACAUGGCGCAAUUUAUCCAAGAUGCUGAGAACAGCACAUAUAAUAAAUCUGACGUAACAUUUAUAGAUUUAAACGAAACUAUUUCUACUGUUAAAUUAAUUGAAGACGCUACCGUACUUAGCUAUGAUUAUACGAUUAUAGAAUAUAAAGAAACAAGAAAUAAUAACCCAACAAAACAUUACGUCGUCGAAGCUACAACGGAUGAUGUUAAUUUAAAUACAACACUUCCUAUAAGUUUCAUAGAUACUUAGGUAAUCUCGGCAGAAUUGAAUGCAUUUUUAUUUUCUUCGAAUAAAAAUAUUACAUACAGUGUUUGUUAAUGGAAGUGUAUUAAAUGUUUAAAAUGUCAAUGAGUAUUGUAUGUAGAUCUUUGGUACCUCUAUUAGUAUGCAAAUUUUUCACUAAGUAAUUUGUAAAGGCGAAUAAUGAAUAUAGUCGGUACUAUCGAUGUUUGGUUCUUUCAGUCUCAAAUAAGAUUCUUUAAAUCGCCUCAGUUUUUAGAUCCACCCCAGCCGAACGAGCUUUACACACUGUACCGUCAUCCUCAUUAUCAACUCUUGGGAGCCUACGGCUAACAUAGACUUUCCCUGAAGAUUAAAGACCAACUUGUAAGCUUCGGCCUGCAUCCAGCAAGAUUCUGUGCCCUUUAUCAGAUAUAUACCUUGUAGGUGGGCGUCCAACGCUGCGCUUCCGCCCCGAACAGACUUAUAAUAAGAUGCUUCUAUAUAAUAUAGUAUUUAUUCUUUUUGAAUAAUUUUAUGAUAUUUGUUUAUGAAUUCCUGACAUUCUCUAUGAUUGUCUCUGACAUUGCGUCACGAGUAGCUAUAUUUACACUAAAAGUUCUUGUUACUAGUAGUUUAAUUCGAGACUUUAUAAUAAUACGGAAAGUUUACCUAUUGGUAAGCUAUGUGGUUUCCCGCCUUUUUUACUCCAGAUAUUUUAUAAGAAUCUAGGUUAUGCAACAAUUUUCUAGAAACACAACAUCUAUUAUAUGACGCAAAUUUUAGCAGAGAUAUUUAUAUGACAAAUUACAAGUAAAUAUUUAAUAUACAAAGAGAAAAAUGUAUGUGAUCCGUUGCAAGAAUAUAAUUUUGAUAUUAUAGAAGUAGACCCAUAAUGCCUAAAAGACAUAAAAAAUAUUCAGUGGAAUAUGAUAAGGAUAAUUUGCCAUCGAGAAACCUCUGUGUAGUUUCAAAAUCAUCAAGUACUUUAUACACAAAGAAAAAAAAUGUCAAUAAAAAACCUCGAAAACUUAAAGAUUUGAAAAAUCUUUGUUAUAAAUUAACACAGCGCAUAGAUAAUAUUCCUACGAAAGUAACAAUCAAAUCUAAUAUUUAUUCAAAAACACAUCAAAAGAGGCCAAAAAUGAAAGUCACUUUUUCAUUGGAAACCUAUAAACCGAAUUAUAAGAAAGAAUGUGGCGCUAGAAACACUGCGAGUGAUUGUAAUUUAAAGUCAAAAACGAUAAUCAAUUGUAAAAAACAGGAAUUGAAUUCCCAAUCUCCAAUGAAUGUAUACUACAUGGUUGGUGAUACCGCAUUCACUAAUAUGAUAAAGCGACGGGCAACGGCAAAACAUACUACAAGAAGUGAUCAAUUGAAAGAAAAAUCUACUUUAACACAAGAUGAACCUUUAUUUGAAACUGGGGAAAUUUCUAAAUCUUCAGAUACUACCUUAACAUCAUGUAGUAAUAAAUACCAUACAUUAAAAUAUAAGUACGAUAGCAUGGAGAUAAGAAAAAGAUUUUUGGAAAAUAAUAUUGACCGCUUUAUGGAAAAGAAAAGUAAAAGAAAAAAUGUAACCACCCAAAAACAUUGCCCAAGAUCGAAAAAUAUUCUAUGCACGAAUACAUUUUUAAACGGAAAUAAUGAAUUACAUACCGCACUGCUUUCGAGUAAUUUCUGUGUAACUGGAAAAAAAUUAACAUUAUGGAAAAAAAUGAAAGUUCAUCUUAAUGCCGUUCGUUUAAACCAGAUUAGAUCUGUGGAUCAUCGUAUUAAUGGAUUUGAUGAAAGGCCGGUUGAAAAACGGCGUAGCGAUAACAUAACUACUAAUAUAAACAAUUGUGAUACACAUUUCUGUGUCACCGAAAAUAAUUUUACACCGUCACAAGUAAACAAAAAAAAGACUUGCACAAGCCAGCAGUCUACACAUAGUACUACUGUAAAACCGCCGAUUUGUAAUGAAUUUAAAAUAAUAAAAUUUCCACAUGAUUAUAUCACGAAGGAAAACAGUAAUAAAGACCAAAUAUUUUCUCUCAGAUCAAAAUUAUGUGUAUGUAAAAAGCUAAAAAAGUUAUCAGAACGAAUUAAACGAUGUACUUGUGAACCAUGUUAUAAAAAAAAGACAAUUAUAUCAAAAGCCAUGGGAUUAAAUAUAAAAGAUAGUAAUGAUUCUAAACACAAAGACUUAAAAACCAGUAAUAUACAACAUGAAUCCAUAUUAAAACAGAUUCAAGUUAAUCAGAAAAAAGGUGGAGUUUGUUUAAAAAUACUAGACGCUGACGGCAAAGCUAAUGAUGUUAAAAAAGGUGUAAAAAUUAUUAAGCCCUAUGCACGAAAACGGAAUGCAAAAAUACAAAUUAAUGAUGAUAACCUUAAGAAAAAAAAAUGCAAUAUACAUAUUUUUAAAAGUGGAACAGAUCGCGUUCGGACAAAUUUUCAAAAUUAUAUUCCAGAACUAUCUAUAGAUAAAACAUCAUAUAGUGCCGCGGAUAAUUUGCAGUUAACAAGAAAUAGUGGCAAUAAUUGUACACAACCUCAGAAAGUUCCUAGAAAAAUAAAAAGUUGUCCAUGUAAUAGAGUCUCUAGCACCAAACCUAAUAAACUUAUUUUGGUAUCGCCUGAAAGAAUUGAUUUCGAAGUUAAAAAGGAUGGAAAGUAUUUAAGAAUUUUAAAUUACGAUAAUGUAAAAAUGUUCAAAUGUUCUAAACAUAAUGAAAAGAACAACGGUACGUGUGCAAAGAACACUAAUAAACCGUCAGAAGGUUCAAAAGGUGGUUUAUUGGGAUCUCCCAUGAUGAAAAAAUGUGUUGAAUAUAACUACAACUACCGCAAACUUAUAUCGACAGUUCUAAGUUCAUUAGUCAAACGCAAAAAGGUUUGUACUAGGAAUUGUGACCUCAAGCAUGACCAACAACAAGAUCAUAGCUCAUACUGUACAAAAUACAAUACAAGCAAUUCACGCCCCUAUGCAAACAAGAGGAAAAUCGUAUGCAUAGACAAAGCAUGUAAGAUAAGUCUAAAAUCCCGUUUGAUGCAUUGGUAUAAAAACUUUAAAGACGUUUUAUCAGAUAUAUUAAGAGACUUAAAGAAAGAGUUAUCAUUAAAACAAAUAAGAAGUAAAUUUCCCGAUUUUAAAGCUAAAGAAGUGUAUAUAAUGACAUUACCCCAUAAGCCCUGUUUUAUAAUUUACACUGUAUGUCCAUGGCUCUAUCCAUAUUUUCUAUAUUUUAUCCGGCGCUGUAAGCAAAUGUUCCAAAUUUUUAUAUUUAUAUUAGCACCUUUCGUUUGGUGUCCAUGUUUAAUGGUAUUUGAAUGUUGUAGAUUUUGUCUCUGUUAUUUUUGUUAAAAUAAAAUACUGAGAAUCA